CUCGCCGCGGCCUCCAUUUUGUAGGGGGGAUGGGAGGGGAGGGGGCGCCGCUGUAGGAUUUGUGAUCCCUCACGAAGGCCCACGGCUGACUUUAAAAUCUCUCUCUUCCAUCAAUCAACCUCUCUUUAUACCACCACCGUCGUCGUCGUCGUGUUUUACUAAGAGCGCACACACACACACAAACACACCCCUACUCCUCCUCAUCAUCCUCAUCAUCAUCGGCCUCCCUUCGACAGUCGACGACGUUCAGAGACGGAUGCUCUCGGCCCCGGCCCUGGAAGCGGUCGCGACAUGAACGCCAGGCCGCCGCCACAACAACAACAACAGCAGCAGCAGCAAGCCCAGGGCGCAGGGGGUGAGAUGCCGGCCGAAGGGAGCCUGCUCUCGGGAACGGCGGGCGCCGUGUCCCUGCCAGGACAGGGCCCCAUGAGCGGCCACCCCCACGCCCUCGCACUCCCGCAGUCGGCCUCCGGCACCCCGGCGGGCCUCGGCGCUAAGAAACGUACCGGGUCGGAGUUUGACGAUGACGACGAUGACGACGGCCCCGGCACAAGCAAGUAUGCCAGGUCUGAGGAUGACCAGAAUUCUGGCGACAAGGAGAGGAUGGCAAGGGAGAACCACAGCGAGAUCGAGCGGCGGCGGCGGAACAAGAUGACGGCGUACAUCACGGAGUUGUCGGACAUGGUACCCACGUGCAGCGCACUGGCGCGCAAGCCCGACAAGCUGACCAUCCUACGCAUGGCCGUGUCGCACAUGAAGUCGCUGCGCGGCACGGGCAACACGCCCACAGAGGGCGCCUACAAACCGUCCUUCCUCACGGACCAGGAGCUGAAGCACCUGAUUCUGGAGGCGGCCGACGGCUUCCUGUUUGUGGCGGCGUGCGAGACGGGCCGCGUGGUCUACGUCUCCGACUCGCUCACGCCCGUGCUCAACCAGCCGCAGUCCGAGUGGUUCGGCAGGACGCUGUACGAGCUGGUGCACCCGGACGACGGGGACAAGCUCCGCGAGCAGCUGAGCACCUCGGAGAGUGCCAUGGCCGGACGUAUACUGGACCUGAAGACGGGCACCGUGAAGAAGGACGGGCAGCAGUCGUCCAUGCGCAUGUGCAUGGGCUCACGGCGAUCCUUCAUCUGCCGCAUGCGGUGUGGCACAACUCCGGUCGAUCCCCUCUCCAUGAACCGGCUCAGCCACCUACGCUUCAGGAACGGUCUGGGCCCCGUCAAGGACGGGGAGCCGCAGUACGCCGUGGUGCACUGCACAGGAUACAUCAAGGCCUGGCCACCCGCCGGCAGCUCAGUGGCCUCCAACCUUGGGGCUUUUUCAGGGAUGGCCAUACCGGACGAGGAGGCGGAGGCUGGACAGGGCACCAAGUUCUGUCUCGUGGCCAUCGGCAGGCUACAGGUGACCAGUUCCCCCAAUUGCUCGGACAUGACGGGCGUCUCCGUCCCGACGGAGUUCAUCUCGCGGCACAACAUGGAUGGGGUCUUCACCUUCGUCGACCACAGAUGCGUCAGCGUCCUCGGAUUUCAGCCGCAGGAGCUUCUUGGGAAGGACCCCGUGGAGUUCUGUCACGUCGAGGACCAGAACCACGUACGGGACAGCUUCCAGCAGGUGCUCAAGCUGAAGGGGCAGGUGCUGUCAGUGAUGUUCCGCUUCCACAGCAAGAGCGGCGAGUGGAUCUGGCUCCGAACCAGCAGCUUCACCUUCCAGAACCCCUUCUCCGACGACGUGGAGUACAUCGUGUGCACUAACACCAACGUCAAGCAGCUGCAGCUGCAGCAGCAACACCAGCAGCCACAAGCAGAGCUGGACGCUCCGACGGCCAGAGCGAGCAUCGCUCACUACGAAACUACGCAGAUGCCGCUGCAGGCCGUGCCGACCGGCCCGGUGUGUGCCGAGCCGCACGGGGCCAAGCGCGUCGUGGAGAAGACGGAGCCGGUGUUCGGCGGGACCGAGCGCAGCCCGCGCUUCACCGAGGUGUACCAGGGCCUGCAGCAAGCAGAUCAGAAGCUGAGCACCAAGCCCAUGGGAGGAGGAGUGAGCUCUGUGGAGAUGUACCAGCACAACAUGCCUUACCGGCCGGCCCACCCGGCCCAGCCAUACAAGCACCCGCACGCGCACGGCACUCCGGCGAUCGUGCCCGGGGUGAAUCUGCAGGGCGCCGUGGGGAGCCAAGUCCUCGUUCAGACGCCACAGCGCCCGCCGGCGAACGGCCUGGGAGUGGCGAACGCGUGGCCCGCUCCGCGGCCAACCUUCACCGGCCAGGUUCCCAAGCCUCAGCCGCAAGCGCCGUUCUCCGUGGGGGCACCGCCGCCUCCUCACGGCUUCUCGCCCCCGGCGGGCGCCUCCGUGGGCGGCGGCGGCGGCGCCAUCGCCGCCAACUCGGUGGGGGGCGGCGAGGGAGUCGGGGGGGCGGGGGGGGGCUCCUCCGUCGGGGCCCAGCGGUCGUUCAACCCCCUGCUGGGGAGCCCCACCCAGGGGGCCCCGGGGUCCACGGGGUCCCCCUACAGCGGCAUGCAGCAGGGCGGGCGAACCGCCUACGCCGAGACGAGCCCUGGCGCCGGAUCGUACCAAUCGCGGAGAGUCGAGGGGGCAGCCAUCUGGCCGCAGUGGCCAGGGCAGCAUGGCGGGCAGGCGAGCAACGACCCUUCCCAGGGGCAGCAGACGCAGCCUGAAGUUUUCCAGGAUGUUCUCUCCAUGCUCGGGGACCCAACUCAGGCUGCGGGCAACUACACCAGCGAAGAUUUCGGAGAUCUCAGCAUGUUCCCUCCGUUCACCGAGUGAACGAUAAGUUCGAAAUCCCACUCGCGUGCCCGCCCGCCCGCCCGCCCGCCCAUCUCUCGCGCUGGCAACUCUGUCCUUUAUCCUGGAGCAAUUUGGUAGUCCCGUGCGGCCCACAGCUCCCUCGUUGGAAGCCACGUGCAGUUUCCGGCACGGUGCAGAACCGGACUCCUCCGCGGAGGAUGGGAGUUUGCCGUGCGGUGUUGUGCCGCGUGCUCUCUUGCUCGUCGUUCCGCAACCCCCCACUCCUCUCACCGCUACCGGCGAUGACGUCGUCACGUGUCGCCUUGAGCCCCUGCCACCUUGUGACCCCCUGUCGCUUUGUCGACUUGGAAUUGAGCUUGCCCGCCCGUCGACGCGCACCCCCCUCCUCGCGACGGCUUCACGACGGAACGCCGCUCACGAGAUUUUAUUGUGUUUUUUUUUUAGCGCCGGGUUUACAUUUUUUUGUAAUGCAGAUUUUUUUUUUGUUUUUGCUACGGCCUGCGUUCUUCGUAGGGAAAAUGUUAAACGGGACGAAAAAAAAAACGACCGAUCUAUUUUCAGGGAUGCUUUUUAUCAGCUUCCAAAAGGAGGUUUGGAAGAAAUGUCCGGAACCGUGUACAGAACACAGUUAAAUAGUACAUGCACCUCCUGAAAGAAACACAUUUGGUAAAGUUAAUCGUGAUUGAAGUGUAUUUUUGUUACCACAUCAGGCGCGCAUUUUGAUAACAUCGUAUGUAAUACAAACUUGAAAAAGAGGAUAUUAAUUACGUCUUCUUUUGUUUAUUAACCUAAAGCUUAGCUGCUUGUAAACUCAGGCCUACUUGCACUUAACACUGCAAUAACAAUACUCGCGCCCUCCACCACCACACGGCACUCGCCGCCAGCUCCCGCGUAGGGUUUCCGCAUCGCGGCGGUCGCUCGUUUACAGCGGUGUCGUCUCGAUCCGCCAAAGUUUUUCUCGUUCAACGAGCAAAAUUUUGGCGGAGCGUAUCUUGCUCGUCUCGCUCAACGGGCAAGAUACGUUCCCGCAAAAAUUUGCGGGAACGUAUCUUGCUCGCCUCGUUCUCCUAUUGACUCACAAACCACCACCCCCCCCCCCCCGGCGAAAAAUUACGUCUCCAAAACGUUCCACUGUCGAAAAAUAUUUUCUUUUCUUUUUUUACACGUGAGAAACACAAACGAUCAUUUUCAAAAUCCUUGGGAUAGUCUGCAAUUAAUUUAGGUGGCGUUCGAAGGCCGAGAUUGGGAGUUGGGCGACCACCAAAAGCUUCCCCCCCCCCCCGUCUGCAACUCCCCCCCGCCCCGUACCGACCGUGUCUACAUCGCAUUGCCACGUCGCUGCGGGCGCGAGUUACGGACGGAUGUGCGGAAACGUUGGGAAUACGUUGAACGUCUCCGGCAAAACGAGAGUUUACGCCAUUAAUGCACAAAUACUGCACUGGGCUCGGUCGGAUGUGCGAGGGUGGGAUGUGCGACCGUCGCCGUCCUGGAGUUUGGUUCGCGGGGGAAGUAACCCUUUGGAUAGGAAGUGCAAUGUGUAAUAUUAAUUGUACGUGCGCCCCGCGCGCGCACACAAAACACCAGCUCCCGUGCGUACACGACAUAUGAGCAGGGUUGCGCGUGCGCAGUGUAUGCACGUUUGUUGGACUUCUUUCGCGCCGCACGUAGCCAACGGUGCUUAUCGGAGGCGCCCGUGGGGAGCAGCGUCCGUCCGUGUGACUGUUGACGGUCAGGGUAGCUCACCGACAGCCUUAAGCCCGGAUCCACGCCCGAAACGAUCACUCGCAAGCAACUUGGCUGCGCGCAGUUGCAAGCGCUUUGCACGUGGAUGUCUGCAACGGAUUGCAGAGGACGUAACUCGACAUCGAAGCGACGAAUCGCGCGGCGAUUUGGAGCGGGGCAGUGUUUCACGCGUCGCGUGCCGCGCCUUUGCGAAUCGGUCGUCACGAUCCUGCACGCGCCGUUUCAAUUUCCUCGCUGCGCAGCCGCUCGCUCGGAUGUGGACAAAGCAGUUAUACUGCUUCACUCUCCUGCCAUUAAAUUCGCACGAUCUUUUUAACACCAAGCACCAAUUUCACGUGGGCCAAACUGAUCGCUCGUGCGUGGACGCGGCUCUAGAGGGGGAUCGUGCUCUUUUUGCCUUUUGGAUCGCGUCGGCGAGAGGUCGUGCACUCGUCGAGUGCGCAGUGCGCCUGUGCGUUCUCGCCGAGGGACAAUUUCGUGUCCCCGCUUUGAUCGAAGAGGGCUGUUGGAUAUAACUGCUAACAAAAAAAAAAUGUGCAAGCUUUGUCCUUGCAAUAAAAGUCGUCCCGCCAACAUGCACAGGUAGGCCGAGUCGGGGAAUAAAUACAAAGUUGUGUAAAAAAAAACACACAAACAGAAUAACAUGCAAACGUUAGGCCCCCAAAGUUGCACGUUUUAGCGGGAAGCCAGCCGGGUAAGUGAUGAUGACCUGCUUUUGAAAUAUCGACGACGCUGCAUCGUGCCCGUUCCGUCGUGCUUGACUCGAUGCGCGAAGGGCCGAUGGAAAAUUCGUCCGUGCCCCGACACGGAGCGGCGAGCGCGGCGCUCGAGGAAGCGGUGUUGAUUUCUCCUGCUCCGACAUCUGCGAGGAAGGGGGGAGGAGCUCCGUAGCUCGUCGGAUUCCUCCGGCAUGAAUAGAGAUCCUGACGCCGAUCUCGUCACGUCCGCCGCGACGAAGCGCGAUGAAGCGCUUCUGUCUACCGUCGCUGAUUUCGGGGCUUUAAUCGUCGCCCGAACAGAAACGAAACCCCCCCCUCACCCCACACACCCUCCUUCUUCUAGCUCCGCAAAGCAAUCGCUCGCAACGUCCGCCGUUUGUUAGCGUAGCUGUGGAGACGUGGAAGGCACUGGGAAGGCAGGUCUGGUGGCUAUGCGUUUCCUCCAGGCUUUCAUUUGGCCUUCCUGCUCGAGUUUCUUCCAGUUGAAGCCAGAUUAUUCAUUUUUUUGUCAAUUAUUAUUAUUAUUCAACAUGAUCUGUAAACAGACGCGUCCACUUUUUUUGCGUUUCAGAAUCUUUUAACGCAAAGCAUGACCAGAUUCCAACGACACAAAUUGAGGACUUAACCAAAUCACCUGACGUGCCUUUUUAUAACUCCCAUAACCAUCCGUCGUUCAUUGUGGCAACAACCAACCGCUUCGAAUAUCGGGAACAUUAGGACAGUAAACAACAGCACACCUGUCAACCCACACGGUUUACCCCGUAUUCUUGUACAGGAAAAUUGAGUUUUCAGGUCCGUACGGCAAAACAGCCGUUUCAAUACGGGCAAUUUUUGUUGGCUUUGUGUUUCUCCCUUGUGAUGGUGACUUUGUAGGAUGAACGUUGAGAUUUAUAAGGGGUUACGGGGUGACCAAUAAUGUCUGAAUUGGUCUGUAAUAAGGUAAGGGCACUGAUAAGGGGUUGACAGGUUUGCAAUAGCCUUGCUGCGCAUGCACUCAACAGGGCUGAGUGGAGCGCUCUUCUGUUGGAACGACCUGCUGCUGUAAUUUAUAUGCACACAUUAACCAACCCCCCCCACCCUCCAACCUGGCCUUCACACCUGAUUGGCUCGCAAGUGACGACAUCACAUUCAUCGCCUCUUUUUAAGACCGAAACAGGGGGAGGAUUUCUCCGCAACUCGCCACUAUCCGGUUGUGUGCUGGAGAGUAAAACGCACUGCAACAUUUACGUUUCGACAGCCCGAGUUGGAUAUCACCUGAUGAUGCUAGUUGUAAUUACCGGCGUACUCGAAUGGUACAUGUUGUGAGUUUCACUCUCCAACACACCGGUGUGCUGUACCCGUAACUAAUUCGCACGACUUGUCUACCUGACAAACCUUACUUAACGGCUGUGUCGUAUCGUGGUGGCGGGGUUAACGACGCAUUCAUAUUUGCGCGAUCUAACUCAACAACAACCUUUGUCAUGCACGGUCACAUCAUUGUCGAGAUGGCGAGCAUCCGUUGCCCGUUCAUUCAGCGCGCGUCCCAUCCUGGUGAGGUCCUCAAGCGACAACGCUCCGCUCCUCCGCCGUUCUAAAAAGCGCUCCCCUAACCGCGCACCGCUCAACGAGAGCCGACGCUGGGCGUGCGCAGUGGCCACGGCCGAGCGCUCCGCCCGCUUGGCAAGUUCUGCUUCCCGUCGUAUCUAUCCCUCCGGCCCCACCGCCUACUCCUGUCAAUUCUUAAAUGUGCCCCCGUCCCUCUGGACUUCCGUCAAUGCCUGCCUCGCUGGCGUUACCAUCGUCCGGCUUUCACUGGUGAAGGCUAGCGGAGGGGACGGGGGAUGCCUUUCGAGAGGUUUCCUUUUUUCUUUUGCGGACGAGCGCGGUGUGUAAUAACCCCGGUGGCCCCCUAUUUUUUUUAGAAAGCACAAUAGUGGUUCGUGACGUCGCCUUGCGCCGUUUCCGCCACGCACACGACCAGGGCCUUGGUUGCGGCGGAAAAAUAAUAUUUUAGAUGCAAAUACAAUAAAAAAUGUUUUAUAUAUUUAUACUGUAUAUAAUAUACGUGUGUGUGUGUGUGUGUACGUACGUGUGUUUUAACAUGAAACCAAUUCCAGUCGUCAAUGUUGUUUCGUCAGUACUCCGGGCAUUUAUGGCUUGUCAGCUGCACUGGCGUGAUGUGGGCGGGGGGAGUGGACAGGGAGGGCAUGAGCUUUUGCUUAUUUUCAGCGACCGCUUUUUACUCUACCAACUGGCGGUUCCAUUCGGAAAACGUAAUUGUCUGGGAGGGGGGCGGGCAUAAAGAUAAGUCUCACCUCUGUCUGUUCCCCCACGUGUGCCGCUGGACGGGAGGUUAUGGGGGGGGGGGGCGCGGCUUGGUGACAUCGCUGGGCGUCGCACCCCCGGCCGAUCGGAAGAAAUUUUGGUUCACAAAGUCUCAAGAAAACCGUCUCCGUACUUUCCCCGCACCUCCGAUUUAGCACGAUCGGCUACGUACGACGCGAAAGAAGUCUGCUUUGCAGUGAACUUAGAAACCCCUGGCCGCUUGCAGGAUUUACUUUAGCCACUCGUACGCAACAUGCGUGCAUACGUUGCCCUUCGUCAAUCUACUGCUGUGUCCAGGGGCCUCCCCAGGGCUGUAAGGGGUGGAUUAUUUGACUAUUCACCUUGCAGGUCAGUGUGGGUUGCUCUAGGCGAAGUAUGGUACAAGAGUUCACUGCACUGCCCUCUGCUCACAGUGUCGCCUCUGUUUUGUUACGUGCCUGGCUUGGACAUUCAUUCUGAGCACAAUGCUGGCGCACGUUCAUGUCAAGGCAUCUGUCUUGCAGCCUCUUCGCCAGUGGAUUCAAUGUCAUCAUCAUGAGCAACAAUUACCAGCGGGGGACAGAUGCCUAACGUACGGUGAUUUUCUUUUUAAUCCAUAAUAAAUAACUGCUCCUCCCGAUCUAUUAAUGCUUUGAUAUUUGCGUUGCCUUUGUGCUGCUCGCCGUUUGGCGUUCUCUCGGCUUGACACCGGUGAUGAGACGAGGCUUAUAUAAAGGAGGCUGCCUCUGGUGUAGGCCAGUCGGUUGCAAGGACAAUGCAUACAUUAUCAGAGCAUGCUUUACCACACGAGCAUGAUGCGUGGUUAACGCGGACUAACACCUCCUCUGUGUGUAUAGUUGCCGGGAAAAGGCUAAAACCGAUUACUUUUUUUUCCCCCCAUCCUGUUGCUGGAACUUUUUUUUUGCUCCCAAGGAUUACAUUUUGAAUCAACUCUAUGGGUGGCGGAGAGAUGGGACAGACUUUGCCGUCUGUAGGAUUUUUGGACGCAUCGGCUGUGUUUCUGCCGAUGGCAUCCGUCGAGGCGCGUGUGUUCAGCCUGUCCCAUGGGUGGUCCAAGGUUCAAGAGAUGUCGAUUCAAGCCAGAUGUGAGUCGCAUAUCGCGCAAAAAAAAAGUACGCUUUUAUCGUUGUGCUCUCCCUUGUACAACUUGCGCAUCACCGCCGAUCUUAAACGUGUAUGUAUAGUUGCCAGAAAAGUCAAGUGGAAAUUCCAUGUUUUUGCUCUCGUUCGUGGUAUAACGGACUUUUACAAUUCAGCCGUGAAAGUAAAAAAAAAUUAUUAUCCGUUAACUCGUCGACUCCCUCCGCCUUUGUCGCGGGACAUGAUCUACCCGACUCACCCCACCGACCAGCCGCCGCACUGCAGGCUAACAACCACGUGCCUUUCUGCUCCUUGCCUUGCACCGCUGCUGCUUUAGAAUUUCCCUGAUCGUUUCUUUCCCCCCUUCCCUCCCUCCACCCAAGUUCCUAGAAUAAUAACCUUGCUCGUUUCAAGGAACCCAUUAAACCCUUACCUAUCACAACGUUCAGUUGCGCUCUAGGCAUGUAAGAAUGUUGAGCUUUUCGUACUGUACGUCGCCAAUAAUCGCAGGUGCGCCGUUUGUUGCUGGCCGCUUGAAACGUUUGGGCCCCGUGUUUAGCAACCGUGAUGUUAAAAACACAAAAAGAGAGAUUGGCAAAAAUAAUUAACUUAGGAAGAUUUAUAAGUCACUUUGUAGCUUUGGUAGUAGUAUAAACGCAUUAUAUACUACGGUGGUUAGAGAGGAUUGAACGUCGGCGCUGGCAUUCGGUCGUCUUGUGUUCUCGCUGGCCCUGUUGUGAUGGACUGACUCGGAGUCGAGACGCCCCAGCAGUGUGGGGGCACCACACUCGCAUGUACAGACCGCUUUGAAAUCCGCGCUGCUUGUGUACCGGCUCGCACAUUCACAACGUGUAAACUCGUUUAUUCGUUUAAGAGGUAAAUAAUUAAGUGAAAGAAAAUGUUUUAAUGUAUAGAUUUGUUUUAUUACUGUUAUUAUUUCUCUAGAGAAUAUAUCAAUAAAGUUUUUUUUUUUAAACUCAGGCUUUUAACUCGCCACCCGAGAAAAGCCGUUUGUGUAUCAUACACGUGCGACUGCUUUGGACAGAUGACGGAGUUGUGGAAAGUGUGCUUGAUAUGUGCUACCUUACAGCACCAAAUCCUGCUAGGCCAACCUGAUGAUGAUGCGAUUGUCCACUGCGUAGUUUGUAAAACUUAAAUAUGCAUAUGAAAAAUAUUAGCCAGCUGUUCAUGGUAAAAAAAAAAUCCAUACAUUUUUAUUCAUGUUUUUUAUGUACAAAUUUUGAAUGUUAUAAAAAUAAAUAAAACUUCCGAAAAACAA